GGGGUCAUAGGCAUAAUGCAUCUGAAUAUGGAAGGCAGACACGUCAGAAGCAGUUUCGGUUGGCGGAGUAAUGUGAAGUAUGGCGGCUAAUUCUGAAUAUAUAUCAGUAGCAGGAGCAUGUGUAACACGAUCAUCUUCUUAAACCAUUCCCAAUGACGACCGAAGUCACUCUUCCUAGCGCAGUCGAGUACGACGCUCCAAGACCUCUUUGGUCUGCGGAUGAAGUAGAGGUAAGUCGGCGUCCCCCAUACUCCUCUACCCGCACCAAACUUACCCCGUCAAGUCUCAUUUUCUUCUCUUCGACUUGCCGUCGCUGAGCCCGGAAACCUACUACGGAUCAGGGGCAUCGGAAGAGAAUGACGUGCAAAUCUCUUCUUCUGUGCCUCCAUAUCCUUUCCUUGGCCACUCCUGUACUAUGCAAACAUCGGAUACAGAGAUAAUUGGCAUCAAUGGCGUAGGCGAAACCGACAUUGACUCUGGAGUCCCUGUGAAUACGCUUAGCGAAGCUCCGGAACCCGCUGAACAAAUAUACCGGGCUGAGGGCAAUGAUGUUGGCUCCACCGUGGCUGACACCAUCGAUCUGUCACGUGCGGCUGCCGCUGCCAUCAACACCUCGGACUUCUCGGCAAAAAACACUCAACUUGGUUCUGAAUCUAGCGUGGUUGAGCCAGAAGGAAGCCCAGAUCAACAUCGAGAACUGCCCAAUACUGUAAGUCCGCAGGCUCAGAGACUCUUGACGAAGUACCGGUCGUGGCGCAGGAUAGCGGUACUAGGAACAACGAGGAUAUGCCUCAGGAUACUUCAGAGGACACUAUUAAUGACUCUUCCGAUAUCCUUCCAACAGAGCUAUCAUGUGUAGC